AUGACAGAGAUUAUCAUACUUUUUUCCGGGGAGUGCGGUGCAGCGCAAUGCGCGGAGCAUGGCGCAGGCGCAGCUCCCCGGCCGCCGGGUACGCAAUGCGCUUGCGCCUGUCCCCAGCGCGCGCCGCUCUUCAGGGAGGACCGGGAACUAUGCGUUGAUGAUCUACCAGAAUGCUCUUUGGCGACUUUCGGUACCGGUGUCGGCGUACGCAUACCAUUUGUAUAUUUACCUUUAAAGGGUCAAAUUAUACAUCCGUCCAGGGAGAUCAACUUUCAUAAUGUCAAAACUCCGAUAUGCGCGGUGUCCGGUGCGCAAUUUCUCACGCGCAAAGGCUUCGUAGAUCUACGGAACACGCUCGACGCUGACGUCCCCUUCAGCCUUUUCCGAGAUGAAGGUCGUACGUUCUUGCAGUGGAGCGGCGAGGAUGAGUUGCGUACGCGAAUGUCAGGCCGGGUACUAGUGGUACGCUUGUUGUGCCGCGACGUGUCAGCCACUCCAGCAUCACCGCUGGAUCUACGUGGCGUCUUCACACCAUGUGUAGCCUUCAGAGUACAAGGCACACCCAUCAGAUCACCUAGCAAUAUAACUGAAGUUCAGUUCGCACCGAAUGCACAAACUGCAAGCACCGUCGUUACUUCCGGACUAACUGUUACUGAAUACGUAGUUAUAGGAAUUAGUUCUCUACUCCUCGGUCUUAUUUACGUUGCAUCAGUUUUCUUAUAUCUACACAUACGAAAACGUCGAAAAGCAGCCUCCGAAGAAAAUAAUGCAAGAAAACUUAAAAGUAUAAAGAGCAAAGAUGGCAAAAUCCUAACCGAACGAGACAUAGUAAGAAUUAAUAAUGAACGUAUACAAACAUUACCAAAUGUUCUCGGACAAGAUGAUGGUGUUAUUAAGAAAAAUCCUUUAUUAAGUAGACAGUACCAUGACAAGGGUGGGUUUCCAAGUGACUCUGGUAGUAAUGUAUCAGAUUCUGAUGACUUCGCCGGCAGUAGUUCACGAAGCGAAGAAAACGUAUGCAAAAAACAAACUACAUCAGCGGUCGUUCAUCUCCAAAGUAGAGAAAUGAGACAUCAAAAUGAUACAGAUGUUGCUCACCGAGAUGAAUCAGGAAUUGAAAAACUACCCGACGAACACGUAUCUAUAGUUGAGACAAUAGAUGAUAGAGAAAUAACACGACCUGUUGGCACCACACGACGGAAACUAUACUUCAAUCCAGCGUACUUUGAACCACAAUUAAUGGCUGAACCACCCCCAGCUGCUCUUGAAUUUCUAACAAAAAUAAGGGAAGUUAUUUCAAUAGCAAAACACAAAAUGGCUGCUAAACGUUUUCAUCCUGUUCUAAAUGAAAUACCCGAAGAAGAGACUUAUUCUGGGAAUAGCUUAGAUUUGUAUCACGGUUUAGGAAGCCAACGUAGCGGUAGUAUAUUAAGUCUUAAACGAGAGAAUAGUAGAAAGAAAUCAGUGAAUUGUGUCGGUUGUCCGGGAUGUACUAAUAGUGAUUCGAAAAAUCACAUGAAAACUGACGUUAUAAAAUGUACCGGUUGUCUUAAUACAAAAGGUGAUAAACAAAGUAGCAUACGCAAAUGGUUAGAAAAUAUACCUAAUGGAAAACAGAUGUACAGCGAUAUAUCUGAUAAUAGUCAAAAUUUAUCAGAAUCUCUUUUAUCUUUACCUAAUAUUGAAAAUAGAUGCCGAAUUAAAAAACAAGGAAGCUUUUCAUCAUGUAACUCUAUGUAUUCAAGUGAUCAUGUUCACGCAUCUAAUAGAUCUUCAACACGUUCUGUCAGAUCUGAACCAUCAAGAAACUACAAUAUACCAUUACCUGACUUCAACAAUGUUGAAUGUGACCACAUCAAUCAAUGUCAGACAAACGCUAUAGAAGAUUUCCCCUUGAAUGACUAUAGAUCAGGCAGUUCAAGGAGUUACAAAACACUACAGCGUAGAAAUAAAAUUCUAAAUAAUAAAAAUUUAUUACCAGAUAUGGUAAAUGAAGCUAUCGCGUUAGAACACUGUGCGAAAUCUGAAAAUACUAGCAGUUCUGAUGAAGAGAAAUUUAUGACCAGAUCAUUGAAUAUUGAUGGUCAAAGCACAUUAACAAGACAUAAAUCUGACAGCCCGAAUGGUAACGAUUACGAGACUGAUAGUUUAGAAAGAACGACUAACAAAAAGAGAAUUUUAACACCAACCGAUUACCCAGAAGUUUCUUCUUCACAAGCAAGUCCCAGUUUAAGCAACGCUUUACCUUUAGAAGAGGAACUAACAAUGAGAAAUGCUGUAUAUAAAACGAAUUCAAGUAGUAAUAGCAAUACUCCUUCACCGCAAAGAGAUAUGUGUACGGAUCAAAAUCAUUAUGAAAUAAUUGAAAAAAUACCUACCACUUCUCCUAAUCCUAUAGAAAUUAAAAAUAAUCCAAAAGAGAAAAGCGAUUACAGUUUAGUAAGCGAAGUGUACGUUAACAAUAAUUAUAAUUUCGGCAGUACACCAACUACUCCUAGUGGUUCAGACUGCUCUAUGGGAAGUAGAAAAUUCACUCAAUUGGAAAACGGUGAAGAAAAACCAGGUUGCUUAACCAUCGAAGUAAAAGAUCCACCAGAGAACUACAUAAAGAUUCACGAAUCUGAUGGUUUUGAGCCGGAUACAUUAGAUCGUAAACAUCCUAAGAAUAAAGAUUUUAUACCUAAUAUUCAGUUUAGUCGAAAAGAUUUAGUUGAAACUAUCGAGAACAAUGAUAAACAGCCCCAAAGAAUACAACUUAGGAGCAGUGGUACCUUUAAAAAAACUUCAAAUCAAGUUGAAUAUACAGCAAAAUUUAACAGUUUAAAAAAUGAAACCGUACAAAAUUGUCAGGUUACCUCAGAUACAGGAACUAAACCCAUAGAAGAUGAUGAUACAUGGGAUGAUAGUGGAUGGAACCCAGAAGAAGGUCGAAUAUUAACCUUAGAAUAUAGACAUUCUAAAAGACAACGCCAAUGUACACCACCCACAAUAAAACAGUUAAAAAACUUAGCUAGACCUGAUAUUUUGCCUCCAUUACCACCAACCGAAGACUCAUCUUUGUACGAGCAACCAAUAAUUCCAGCUAGACGAGUUGAAAAUGAUAGAACAACUGAAGGAUCGUAUUCAAAAAACUCGAAAACCAGAAGCCUCAGUCCGAAACAAAUUACCACAUUGGCAGAACCUAAUCCUAAUAGAGAUUUAAACUAUGGAUCAUCCUGCAGUCCAAUGAGAGCUUCUGUCCAAUCAACUUCAGAAUGUGGUCAAUAUGACCAUAUGCCUUCCACCGCAAAUUGUAUACCGACUAUGCCAAAAACUAGUGUUUGCAGGAAUUCAAAUCGACGAAUUGGUAGAAAUUGUUGCAGUAAUAUAGACACUGGGACUUUCGUUCGGGGUAAAGAUGAUGGUCAUAGAACUAAAUAUAGGCGAAAAAAGGGUAAUAUAGACGAUUCUGGUUAUCUAAGCAGUGACUCUACAUGUUCUAGACAAAUAAAUAGAAAAUUAGUGAUAGCUAAAAUAGUUAAUGCUAGUGAUACAGACGAUACUGAAAACGAAGCGAGGAGUGAAUCCGGUGCUGAAAGUACAGAGACGCAUUCAGUGUAUUUUGGAAGUUUUAGAAAGUUGCCAUCAAGUGAUGACAAUUCAAAUAGUAGUCAGACAUUUAGAAAUAGUUUACGUGAAAUUAAACGAUAGAUACAAAUAUUAUUUAAUUUAAAAUAAAUAAUAAUAAGUGUGUGCAAUAAGUGAU